AUGCUCUCCCUCACAUGUCCCUGCGCAACUCCUAGAAAGGGGAACAUCGCUCGUCGCUCUCACCGCAGAGUACGUCGACGAUAUUCAUAUCCCCAUCCGCCCACACCUCCACUGUGUUCAAGAGAUUACCCUUCUCUCCCCUUCCCGCUGCCUCUGCAUCUGCCAUAUCCCACCAACGAUACGCCGUUCAAUAGCUACGACCCGUGCGACCUUCCCAUUCAGCAACCACCGCCGCUUGAUCUAGCUCCGCCUCUUCUAGGAUCGACUAUCCUACGUCCGAAUCUCUUCCAGCAGGGUAUCAUACAGCCAAAUCCUGUCCCGCGACACUUCAUACAGCCUCCUCCACCUAUCUAUCAGCCGGGUCCGCCCUCGUUUCAACGUCCAGCUUUCCCGCCAGUGGUGUUGCCCCCUCCACCGCCACCACCGCCUCAGCCAAUUCUUGUCGGACAACCAGGUCCUCCGGCAUUACCACCAUUGCUUGUUGCUCCACCACCAAUUCUAGUCAACAAUCCGCCUCCAGUUCUUGUCAACCACCCCCCACCAAUUCUGGUUGGUCCUCCGCAGGCUAUUAUUCCGGCCCCGCCAAACUUCAAUCCUCUACAGCAGGUGACUGUUGCCCCUCCAGCUCCCCGGGCCCAAGUGCCAGCUCUUCCACCACCACCAGUACAAGUACCACCUGCAAAUCCACGGCCAAUUCUCAAUCAAAAUCCUGCAUACCCUGCUCCUGCCAACCCUCAGAAUCAGCAACCGAACAAUCCUCCGAACCCACAGAAUAAUAACGCACAGGUUGUACCCCCUGCAGGCGCGCAGAACGGACCUCAAGUUGUUGCUGGAGCCAACGCUCAAGGCAAGGCCCAGGCAAUCGCUCAAGUCAAUGCUUCACGAAAGACUCUUAUUCGAGCUUUAACGAAACGCGGAAGCAGGAGACAGAACAUAUUGCUGUGUAUCCAUCACCUUAUCAACGCAAUUUGCGGAAGAAAGAAACAGGGCGGUUAG